CCGAUAUCACUUUCUUUUCUUUAUUUUUAAUUAUAUUAUUUUUUCUUUUCACUUCCACUAGUACUUCUUGUCUCCAGUACUCUCCAUACCCUUACCUUUCACUGCAAAAUUCUGAUAAAACUCCUAGUUUACUCGCUCUUCUCCUUCAUCUUUUCUUCCCCAUCCCUGUCUAAUUCCAGUCAUUUCACUUCUCUCUCUCAUCCUUUAAAUACUUCUUCUCUCUCUCUUUAAGGAAAGAAAGUGAAUAAGCCAUGGAAAUUGACCAGUUAAAGUCUGCAACAGAAGAUCAGAUGGAGAUGAUGAUGAUGAUGGACAAACUCCCCGAGUUCUACGGUGCCUAUAAUGAUAUUGCUGAUUUAGCCCCGCCAACUGAGUUUCCUGGUGCAAGUACAAGCACCAACAGUGUUGCUUCUAAUGCGAUCCCUCAUUUUAUCGAUAACCCGCAUAUUGGUAGCUCGCCUUCUUUUAUGGCCAUGCCAUCUAAUACAACAUUUACUAGUAAUAACACCCCAAUUCAACAGGAAUCUCCCCCAGCUGCUUUCCUAUCAAAUCCACCCACAUCGAGAUGGAGAGGCAUUGGAGAAUUCCCAGGUCCAAAUGCUUAUUCUACACCAUCCCAGAAGAAGAGUUCAUUGGCUGCAAUGAGGGAGAUGAUCUUUCGAAUUGCAGCCAUGCAACCAAUCCACAUAGACCCAGAAUCUGUGAAGCCACCAAAGCGUAGAAACGUGAAGAUUUCGAAAGAUCCUCAAAGUGUGGCUGCACGCCAUAGAAGGGAAAGGAUAAGCGAGAGAAUAAGGAUACUUCAAAGACUAGUACCUGGAGGUACCAAAAUGGACACUGCAUCCAUGCUAGAUGAGGCAAUUCACUACGUGAAAUUCUUGAAGACCCAAGUGCAGUCACUGGAGAGAGCCCAGGCUAAUAGGUCAUCAUCAUCUGGGAUCGGAUUCCCCGUGGCAAUAUCCAGAGGAAGUUACCUUCCCGUGGGAAAGGCCAACCUGCAGGAGCCUCCACAUCAAAAUAUUCAACAUUAUGAAGAUGCAUAAUUAAUUAACUCAUAUUAAUGGUCCCAUAAUGUCAAUGUUAGCUCUGUGGGACUGUAAAAAGCUUAAUUAUUUAUGCAUUUGCCAUUGUUAUUAUCUGUAUUUCAAAUUAAUCUUUAAUUAAUCAGGCCACCCAUGAAAUCCUUGUUUUUA